CUUUCUUUUAAAUCGGUGCAAACCGAUUAGGAGAAUAAUUAAACAAAAGGUAUCCACAAAUAUAUGAAGAUGCAUAUCAAUCCAUUCAUCUUUCUCUCAUAACCAUUUCUUUCUGUUCUCAUUUUUUAAAAAAUUUUCUCUUUGUAUCUCUAUAAUCUACAACAAUAUCUCAUCAUAACUUAUAUUUCUUAAAUAUUUUCUCUCUAUGUAUAAUUUUAUAGUAAUUUUUUUAACUCGGAAAAAUAAAAGUUGGGACCAAUUAAACCUGAUUUUCCAAGUGGUUCGAUUUUGAGGUUGGACCAAUUAAACGAAUUUAGGUGGCAAAACUUUAUAGUUUUACAAAAUUACAGAAAUUCCCAUUCCUUUGAGCCAUCCCGCUUCCCGAUAUCAUUGUAUCUUCUUCCAGUAUCCACAGCACCUCCAAACCGAUAAUCAACUGUCUUUCAACUAAAAAUCAAUUUCCCAUUUUUCUUCCUUCAAAUUGCUCUUCCUGUUACCUUUUAGCUAUUUUUCAGCUGAAGUUUUUCUUCCUGUUGCUGUUAAAUUAUGGGUUUUGAUAUAGAAUCACUGGCAGAAGCAACUUCAGGAGCAAUUGGAUCAUUAGUGAGCACUACUGUUCUGUACCCUCUGGAUACCUGCAAGUCUAAGUACCAAGCUGAAAUUCGAGCUCAUCAUCAGCAAAGAUACAGGAACAUAUCAGAUGUUCUAUGGGAGGCAAUAUCUACUCGCCAGGUUCUUUCCUUGUACCAGGGCCUUGGGACUAAGAAUUGGCAAUCAUUUGUUUCGUCAUUCAUCUAUUUUUAUGGCUAUAGCUUUCUUAAAAGACUGUACUUGGAGAAAAGUGGGUCGAAAUCAAUAGGGACUAGGGUGAACCUCAUGAUUGCUGUUGCUGCUGGUGCUGGUACAGUUCUGUUGACUCAUCCUCUGGAUACAGCAUCUUCAAAAAUGCAGACGAGUGAAUUUGGUAAAUCUAGAGGUUUCUGGAGGACGCUGUCGGAGGAUUCCUGGGAGGAAUUAUACGAUGGUCUUGGUAUAUCUAUUCUUCUUACUACAAACCCUGCAAUCCAGUACACGGUAUUUGAUCAGCUAAAACAAAGAAUGCUGAAGGGAAAAAUGAGAAAAAAGGGAGAUCUUGAAUCAGCUCCUCAAGCUCUUUCUGCUCUUUCUGCUUUUCUGUUAGGCGCCGUUACUAAAUGCAUUGCCACCUGUAUAACAUAUCCAGCCAUUAGGUGCAAGGUGACAAUUCAAUCCGCUGAAUCCGAGGAUGAUGUGGAGGAUGAAGCUCAAUUAAAAUAUAGGAAAACUGUAUCGGGUGCAUUUCAUACCAUUUGGAAAACAGAAGGACUAUGGGGUUUCUUCAAAGGGUUGCAGGCUCAGAUCCUGAAGACUGUACUCAGCUCAGCUGUGCUUUUGAUGGUAAAGGAGAAGAUCUCAAAGGGCACUUGGGUCCUCUUACUUGCACUUAGGAGAUAUCUUUUAAUAAACAGUUCCAAGGCCAGGUUAAAGAGCUCUUAAAAUGAUUGCAUUGUAGAAAUUCAGAAGCAAGUGCCCGUUAAAAAACCGAGGAUAUAUUUUGCUUACAUGGCUCAUAAGGAUGUAAAAUAAAUUUGAAGAAAAUGCUCUUAGGUUAUGUUUUGACAUGAAGCUUAGUAAGGUGCUCUUGCCUUGUAUCAUUUCUUUCCUCACCCCUUUUCAUGGAUGGUGGGUGUAUUAUUUUCCAGUAAUAAUGUUAUAAGAACUCCUUCCAAUUUUCUUGCCUUUUAAACUUAUGCU